AGCAGGGAGUAACCAGAAGCUGGAGACAGCGAGGGCAGGGGGCGCCUGGCUGGGGUAAAGGGGCAGGGGCAAGGCCAGCUGGAGGGUCUAAGAGUGAGAGAGCAAGCUGUUGGGGGAGCUGGGGAGCCUGGAAGGACCCACAGACCACAAGAGGAUCCCGGUGUUUGGGCUCCUGGUGUCAGCAGCAUCAUGAAGCCGCUUCUGGCCCUGCUGCUCCUAGGGCUGGCGUCGGGCUCACCCCCGAUGGAUGACAACAAGAUCCCCAGCCUUUGUCCAGGGCAACCCGGCCUUCCAGGCACACCAGGCCACCAUGGCAGCCAGGGCCUGCCUGGUCGCGAUGGCCGUGAUGGCCGAGACGGCAUGCCGGGAGCUCCGGGCGAAAAAGGCGAGGGCGGGAGGCCGGGACUAACAGGGCCACGUGGGGAGCCCGGGCAGCGUGGAGAGGCGGGACCCGUGGGGGCUACCGGACCUCCUGGGGAGUGCUCAGUGCCCCCACGCUCGGCCUUCAGUGCCAAGCGCUCUGAAAGCAGGGAGCCUCCCCCAGCCGAUGCUCCCCUACCCUUUGACCGAGUGCUGUUGAAUGAACAGGGACAUUAUGAUGCUACCACCGGCAAGUUCACCUGCCGGGUGCCUGGCGUCUACUACUUCGCCGUCCACGCCACCGUCUACCGGGCCAGUCUGCAGUUCGACCUGGUCAAAAACGGCGAGUCUAUCGCCUCUUUCUUCCAGUUUUUCGGGGGGUGGCCCAAGCCAGCCUCACUCUCAGGGGGUGCUAUGGUGAGGCUGGAGCCCGAGGACCAGGUGUGGGUGCAGGUGGGCGUGGGUGAUUACAUUGGCAUCUAUGCCAGCAUCAAGACAGACAGCACCUUCUCUGGAUUUCUGGUCUAUUCUGAUUGGCACAGCUCCCCAGUCUUCGCAUAGUACCCAGUGACCCAGGAGCUGGCAUUUGCUCCUAGGAGGGUGUAACACUGACAGGCACAUACUGGGAGGGCUGGCCCCCCUGGGAUAUUGUGAAAGACUAGUGGGGAAGCCACAUCUGGUCCUACUACUGGCAAGGAAUGGAGGCAGAGGCUGUCUGAGGUCAGGGUGGGCAGCAUGGAGCAGUGCUUGAGUUUCUGCCCAAGACUGAAAAUGUGCUGUGCUGUGCUGGCAAGUACAGGUCCCUGGUUGCACUCUAAGUGCAGGACUCCAAGUUUGGGUGCUCCCUUCCUGGUCCUGUGCCUCCUCUGGGUCCUCAACCUAUUCUUCCUGCUCCCAGAGCCUGGCCUUUUCCUCAGAAGUUACUCAAUAAAUCUCAAAAACCUCCA